AUGAAAAAAGAAUUUGAAGAAAAAGAGGAAACGAAUAGUUCUCCACAAGAAGUGUCGGAAGCAAUAGCUUGUCAGGUUGUUGGCGAUCGAUCAAACUCAGUUCAAGUUGGCUCUGCUAGAGACACUUUACGCGGUUCCGUUACACAACUGGAUAUUCAAAAUAUUAUUGAGGAAUUCGGGAGAGAAGUACAGAAGUUCGAGUUCGCUCGGGCAAGUAAAAUAAUUGAUGAUUUCCGACAGAAGAAGCUUUUGUUCACUUCGACACCAGAAGAUUUGGCGUGGGGGCGCUUGUUAAAUGCCUUGUCUGAAAUUUCUAACUGCGAUUGCAAGUACUAUCAAAUGGCAUUCUUGCACAACCGAGCCAAAACAAUGUUCCGAAAAGAAGUUGUUGGAUGUCGAAGUCAAUAUGAAGCUAUUGCUAAAGAGCUAGAAGGCGGAGCAGAAAAACUCAACAGUGUUUCAACUGUAGUUAGUCAUUUGCUUGAUUUGUGUCGGACAUAUGUAUUAGCAAGAUUGGAAAUGAUUCUAUUAUAUGACAAAAUGACUUUACUAGUGACAGAAGCAUCAAUUGAUUGGAGUUCUAUGGAGCAUGUAGCAAUAACACUAAGAGAGAAUCUACGAAAAUGUCAUCAUCCAGAUUUAGCUGGUAUUUCUCAUUUAUUUCAAGAAGAGGUUGAGAUCCUGCGAUUGCUUUUCACCGCUCAAAUUCAUAUUUCAAAUUGUCGAAUGUUUGAAAGCCUACUCGAAUUGAAGCAAGUACGGGAAAACUUUGAUUUCUGGAUUAAAGAACUGGGCUCAUUGAAUCCCGCCAAUCUUUCUUUCUUCGCCAAAAUCUUGGGUGGUGAGCCUGUGCCAAGGAAUCGUUUGAUUCAAUGGCUUAUAAAGUUCUAUGAUUUACUAAUGGCCAAAUUCUCUUUAUACUUCACCAAUGUACUGGAGGCCUAUUGUGGCGAUGAAGAUCGGGAGAGUAUCCACUCCAUCGAUAAUAAAUUCAAUUUCAUUGACUCUUUUCGAAAUAUUCAGGCUCAAAUUAAGGCUUGUAGAGUUGGAAUUAUAAUGGACCGGAGUUUCGAUGGCUCUGAUUUCUAUGGUUUUGGUUACUUGAGAAAAGACAAUAAGUUCGCGACGGACGGUUACCCCAUAGAGCCAUUGAAAGGUGUUUGUAGCAAGUACCCCUUCAUAUUUCAAUGCCCCAACCCAACUCCUGGUCAUCAACGAAACCCAUCCGCCGAAGAAGAACAUGGCUGCAUUGAAAAGUUUAUAAAGAAACAUCUUGAGUCUCGAAAAGUACCAGAGUUCCGUGGCGGUGAAGAUGGGGAAAAACCUAAUGAACGUAAAGAACUCGACACAUGGCGUAGUGAAACUCAAUCGAAAUACGUGUAUGGUGACCAUCUCGAAGGUCAACUCUUCAUUGUGGCCAUUCUGAAUCAUCCUCUCAAAGCCACAGAGCUAGGAGAGUUUACGAAAUUUGUUUAUGCUUCUCAAGCAAAAUUACGGGGAUCAGAUCUUCUGGCGGAGCUGAGACAAACAGCAAGAUGA